AUGGACAUGAUCUCGUCGUGCCUUGGGGCCGGCCGUCAUCGCCGGUCUGCGGAGCAGGAGCCGCUGCUCCCUCGCUAUGAUGACGAGACUUCGCUCCAGCGGCGGGUGCAUCAGAAGUUGCACACGUACCAGAUGCUGCGCGCCCUGUCUAAAGGCUUCAUGCCGUCCAACGAGCAGGCCAUUGUCUGCCUCCGCACCCUGCUGGCCGCUGACGUGCUGAACCCGGACAACACCCAGCUCAGCGACUCGGGCCAGGCGCUGGUGCACUACACCAAGCAGUGGAUACGGCAGCUCAUCGAACUGUUGCAGCACAAAAAUGCAAACGACCAGAUCCAGGACUUCAUCUGGUACCUCUCCAAGGCGAGGGUGUCUGUCGACAUGGAGCACAUUGCUGAGCGCGCCACCAAGGCCAGGGCAAAAGCCGACACGGCGGCAGUCUACAGUAGCCUCCAGACGCUCGGCUCCUUGUUGCUUACUAACUCUGAUUUCCGCUUGUUCCUGGGAGAUCUCAAUGUCGUAGCCCGAGAAGUCUUCAGAGACACGGCGUUUGCUCUGUCGGAAGCUUCCAAGGAAGCGGGCAAGCGCAUCGAGCCCUCGGCCCAGGAGCAGGAGUCAGUCAAACAGCCGGGCAAUGGCUCUCACAGCCCGCCGUCGCAACAGGACCUGACGGACCAGACCAUCGAGGUCUCCAAGAUCUUGAGCGCGACCGCGUCCACCGUCGUCGACGAGGCAGAAAGCAGCGUCCUCCAGAAAUUCGAAGGCCCAGAGAAGGAAACAAUGAUCCAUCGCCUCAAGGACGUCGUUCUAAAUCUCCGCCGACGCAGGGACUACUCUGAUUCCGUCUCCACGCUGUCUCUUCUCCUUAAGCGUUACGCUAUGGUGUACUCCCGCAUCGCUCGGGACACACUUCAGGCCGCCGAAGAGGAGGUUGACGCGAAUCCCGAGACGGAUCGGGCUCUGACGAAUUUCUGGCUUUUCCUCAGCUCGUUUGGCGAGGCGAGGGAAUGGGAGGAGCUGGAGAAGCGAGCCGAAACUGUCAUGGAACACGGCCGCGAGGACCCCAAUUUCGAAGAGCUGGUCGGGAAGCUGGGCGACGCCCUUCAGGAGAUGUUUACCGAUCCUGACUUCUUUGACCAUGCCGAACAACGGUUCCAGGAGCUCCGGGCCAAGUCCAAGCAACUCUCGUCGGGCUCUUCUCUGCGUGACGAUAUUGAAGCACUGUUGUCGCAACUGCAGUCCACGUUUUAUUCGGUGCUGAGGGACAAGGAUAUAUCCCAUCUCGUCCAUACUUCACGCACCAUUCUCAAGAUCCUGUCGCCAAGAGGGUACUACACAAACACCGACCUUAUGGCAGACGCAAUUAAUGUGUUUGUCCCGCUCCUUGUCCAGUCCGUCAACUAUGUCCCAAUUCCAAGGCUCGAGGUGUCCACCCCGCAAGUCGAUCUCUUGCUCGAGAACCUUAUCCUCGAGCCGGGCGUCACCGUCAAUCACACAUCGUUCUUCCCCUACAGGCUACGUGUCGAAACACUCAAUGAUGUCGAGAUCCGCAAGGCCAAGUUCCGGACCACUUCGGCGGUCAAGACAUUGGUCCGAAUCCGGAUCGACGGGAUUUCCAUCAAAGGGGAAGAGAUUGGCUUUUGGCUGCGGGCACACUCAAGCCUUUUGCGGCUCGCCGACGAGGGCAUUGCCUCGUUUGAGCUCGACGAGCGGGGCAUGGACGUGCAGCUCGAUGUCGAGGUCGGCCGGGACAGAAUGGAGAAGAUUCUGACUCUGCGGGGCGUUAGGGUGCGCAUCCACAAGCUCAACUUCAAGCUGCGCAGGAGCAAGUUCAGCUUCCUGUCCUGGCUCUUUAAGCCACUGCUCCGGCCCAUUAUCCGCAAGACGAUGGAGAUGAAGAUGGCCGCCGUCAUCGGCGACGCGCUGCACUUUGCGAACCGCGAGCUGCUGUACGCGCGGGAGAGGCUCCGGGCCACGCGCAUCGCGGAUCCGGAUGAUCUCAAGACGUUCUUCAAGGCCGUCUUGGCGAGGCUGACGCCUCCUGAUGAUCCGGACCUGUAUGCUCGGGUGGGUGUGGGUCAGCCAGGGCGUGGGGUGUUUGAGAACGUCUACGCGCCGGGGAGCAUCGUCAAGCUGUGGAGGGACGAGGCCGAGCAGGCGCCGCAGAGGAUCCGCGAGAAUGAGCGGGAUGGCUGGCGGAACAGCAUUUUUGAUGUUCAUGCCACGAUGAUGACCUGA